CGGGCAGAGGCGCGGCGGCCGUGCAGCAUGCUGGACCCGGAGGGCAGUGUGGAGCAUCAGCCUGCCUCCUCCUUCCCCAAAGUCCUCCUCAUCCCUCUAGCCAUGCUCUUCGCAAUUGCAGCGCUCCUGCUCUUAGUCUUUUCCGCUACGCGGCAGAAGGAGCCUGAUUUUUACACUUUCAAAGUUGUAAACAUCAGGGGCAAGCUUGUGUCUCUGGAGAAGUACAGGGGCUCGGUGUCUCUAGUUGUCAACGUUGCAAGUGAGUGUGGGUACACAGACAGCCACUACAAGGCCUUACAGCAGCUACAGAGAGACCUGGGCCCCUACCAUUUCAAUGUGCUGGCAUUCCCCUGCAAUCAGUUUGGGCAGCAAGAACCAGACACCAACAAAGAAAUUGAGAGCUUUGCACGAAAAACUUAUGGUGCCACCUUCCCUAUGUUCAGCAAAAUCRCAGUCAGUGGAGCUGGUGCAAUUCCUGCCUUCAAAUACUUAAUUGAAUCUACAGGAGAAGAACCAACUUGGAACUUCUGGAAAUACCUAGUGGGUCCCAAUGGGAAAGUAGUAAAGGCCUGGGACUCUACUGUCUCUGUAGAAGAAAUAAGACCCCAUGUUACAGAACUUGUAAGGAAAAUCAUCCUAAAGAAGAAAGAUGAAUUAUGACUUUCAAAAAUCUCAGUGUGCAAGUUGCAUCUUAGUUGAGAAUUAUGGCUGGACUUUCUAUUAUCACAUUCCAAAAGAGAUGAUAUGGGGAAGGGAAAUUAUGGCCAGUUGAAUCUCUAUUCACCAUCCUAAGAACGUAGACAACAGCAAAUUAGCAUGGUCAAAGUAACUUAACUUUUUUCUCCAAUCAAAUUCAGUUUGAGUUUUCUAGGAAAGAUAAAUCUUCAGCAACUGUUUCUUUCCCGAUUUAAUUAUUAAUUGUUAGUAACACUACAGGAAGCCAGUCCAUGUAGGAAGAAAGAUCAGAUUAAUGAGAAUUUCCUGGCUGGGAUCUCACUGAUACCUACAAUUCUGUUGUCAUAU